AUGUCGAAGGCUAAGAAAGGCCCCGCGCCUGUUGACAAAGCGCAAGCCGACAUCCGCCAACUCAUGGAAACGAUUCGGCUGAAGACCGCCAAUGCAACGGUGCCACAACCGAGCGUUGCUCCAUCGGUUGCAAAAGAAAAGCCCGUCGCCCGCAGGCCCAUCAUCUACGAUAGCCCUUCGGCAGAUCCGCCACCAAUCGCUACCGUCCGCGACCCUCGACUUAGCAAUUCUUACGCCCGUGCACUGUUCUUCGACCACACCAAUGUUUCUGGCGUAGUGGAAAGCAAAAUGCCCGGCCGUAGUGAAAAUUCGAAGCAGAAGUAUGCUAACACAAUCUACGAAACGUACGCGGUACAGCCGUCACUACGCAUCCGUGAACCACUGCAUCAAAUUUCGUUCGACACAACGUACCACGAAGGUCUGUUUCGGAUGGCACAAACAAUGCCCCUGAACAGUGCGGAACAGUUCGCUGGCUACCGGAGCAAGCUAAGGAGUGCUGGCAUUAAGCAACUCUGCUUUGUUGACAUGACGCAGAACAACUGUGUGUUGGAAGAUCAAAACGAAAUAGUAGCAAAAGUAAAAUCACGGUUCAAUAACUGGUCCGCCAAACUGGACAAGCUGACGGAAUACCUUACGCGAGCACAGCAAAAUCGCGAGAAAAUGAAGAGCCGUGAACGUGAGAUGCUGCGUAAGGCGGUACUGGAAGAUUCGAACCUGCAGAGCAUAAAUAGCAGUAUGUUGCAGAAUUUGCAGCCAAAACUGAUCGACGAGCUGUUACAUCCUAGCGAACCCGGAAUGCUACCAAUUAGGCGCCACUUUCAGUUCAACGAAGAUUCAUUAAACCGCCGUUACAAAACUGGAAAAUACUUUUCAAACAGACUGUUGCCAGCUCAUGUCGCUAUUUUCGCCAACAAUGGCAUCACGAGUUCACGAGAAGUUAGCUUGAAUUCUUCUAUCGUAUCUGAUUUCAGCAUUAACCAAACUGAAAAUGUUGGCAUGGAUCAACCGUCGGAGAUAGCGUCGAGAGCGAGUCUGCCGAGUACAUCGAAAAAUGUGCUGGUGGGAAUUGAACCAUUUCAACAGAGAUCAGUCCUUUCUGUAGGUUCUGGUGCACCUAAGGCAACAUCAACCGUCGAUCGCCGCCUUCAUUUCCAGAGCCCAGCGAGGAACGCACAGGAAAAUAGACCAAGCAAUGAGGCCACAUCUCAUGUGUCCACACCAGUAGUAACUGCUGUUGUUGCCGCACCGAACCCGGAAGUGGACAAAGUUUGCGAUAAACCUCGCAGUUAUUUUACACUACGGUUCGUGAAACAGAACACUAACGUUUACGAAAUGCUUCAAACACUUUAUCAGUCACUGAAAGGCGCCAAGUUGAGCGACGCUGAGUUGGAGACAAACGUAGUGAAGUAUUACAAAAAAUUCCGCAAUUUGUUCGCGGUGAACCAGUUACCACCGGGUUUACGCUUGUUAACAGCAGAAGAGCGAGCAACACGAGCGCGCCAACGGAAAUCGGAAACUAGUACGGCUCGAAAGGAAACAAUAGAACAGAGCCUUGAAACAACCCAGUCUCGGCAACAAUCACAUGAAAAUUCUUCUGUUUCCCAACCACCACCACCGAAGAGACAUUGCGCGCAAACCAAACCCGUUCCGUCGCGAAAAAGGCCCAUCGUUUACGCUGAAGAUUCAUUGAACGAAAAUGAAUUGGUUACUACUGACCCUACCACUAACCCCUUGGCUUCACAAGAAUUAGAAACGCCCGAUUCGAUUAACUUUCAACCGACGAUUUGUUCCACACAAAAUACGGAAAACCCCACCUUGCAUGUGGAGACGGUUCAAAUCCCGGUAACCGCUGGCGAACAUACAUAUGCCAACGUAUCGCAGAGCAGCAUUGAAACGGUGCCUUUGGAAACGAGCAUCCCGAUCAUAGCCACGAUCAAAACGGAAAGCACGAAUGUGCCAAUAAAGGUCGAACCAAACACCCAAACAGAAAACAAUUCUUCGGGCUACGAAGAAUACGUUCAAGUGCUAAGCCAACCGCAGCCAGAGGUUAUCGAAAUUGAUGAGUCAUGUUCAGAGUCAAUCAUAGACUAUGCUCCAGCGAUAGAGUCAACUAGCUUCCGGUUGCUCACGAAUGCACUGUUCCGGCCACCGGAAAACGCUUCCGGCUCGUCACAGGUGGACAAAAUUUGAAUGCUCCAGAAUCAUCCCUUUCGCUAAAUCUUCACUACUUGUCAUCGUGUCAUAAGCGGAAGCGUCGAAGAUAUGAAAACCUUCCUUUCCGAUUAACGUCGCACCAACCUCUUGCCCAUGAUCCUCACCAACGCUUCGAAUUUCUAACACAAUUGAACAUUGCCUCGUUCCGGUACACCAGUCGUCCCAUCCGUUGGACACACUGCAACGAUCUGCAGCAAAAUAGGC